AUGAAGAUCGCAAUCAUUGGUGGCGGUAUCGCUGGAUGUGCGGCAUAUCUGGAGUUGAGGAAACAUCUUCCGAGAUCUGAGGCAUCCGACCCCCACGAGAUUGUCAUAUAUGAGCCAUAUGACAUGAGCUUGAACACUACGGCUGAGGAGAGGACGGAGGCUCAUACACAUUCAUCAUCACUACUUGUGGGUGGUGGACUGGGUGUUGCUCCCAACGGCUUAAGAGUCCUGAAGCGCCUGGAUGGUGAGCUAUUGAAAGACGUUACCCGAGGAGGAUACGUGACGAGUACUUCUCAUAUGAAGAAUAAGAACUCUUGGUCACUUUUUUCUAUGACGAGCUCAUGUACAGACUACGAUAUCGACAACCCUCGAACUUUGCACAUGGUUGCCACCAGUCGUCACGCCUUUUGGCGGGCCUUAUGUGCACGCGUUUCACCGCGCGAUAUCGCGAACAAGAGGGUCACCCGUGUUGAUACGAAUCCACGUGGGAGAAAAGUCAUACAUUUCUCAGAUGGAAGUCUACCCGAGGAUGUCGAUUUAGUCAUCGGCGCAGACGGUGUCAAGAGCACGACGAGACAGGCAAUUCUACCCGAGGAUAGUCGAGAUGAACACCGUCCUCAUUACGAAGGUCUUGUCGGAGUCGGUGGCUUCAUAUCCUCGAGUGGAAUCAAGCACCUUGUCGAACCGGGGACCAUGAACUUUAUCUUUGGGGGAAAUGGCUUCUUCGGAUACUUCUUUUCAGACAGUGCCAAGUCCGCCCCCAAACGUGACUCGCCAUACGAUGUAUCGGAGCCUGGGGAAUCACUCGCCUGGUGGUCGACAUAUGAGAUCGCAGAAUGCCCAAACCCCCAAACUCUCGAUAUGGAAGAUGUCACCCAACAAUUGCGCGCAAGACAUGCAAGUUGGAAAGAGCCCGUCGUUCAAAAGAUCAUUCAAUCACUUCGUGUCGAGAACCUGUAUCCGACCUGGACCUCUCCCACCCUUCCAACAUGGGAGCGAGAUGGUGUUGUACUAAUCGGAGAUGCAGCACACGCGCUCCCUCCCACUUCUGGACAGGGGUCCUCGCAGGCACUGGAGGAUGCGGAAGCUCUCGCUUUGUUUCUCGCACACUAUAUCCGCAAUAGUGAUGGCGACAAGGGCCAAGAUACAGCUCAGGCCCAGAAAAGAGUGAUCAGUGCAGCUGCAAGAUCGUACAUGACCAUUCGAAAGCCACGUGUGAGGGAAAUAUUGGACUUCGCUCAACAGACCCAAAACAGCAAACGAGAAAUGGGUCUCUUCAAGGAAUAUUUGACGUAUGCUUUCAUGAAAAUAAUUGGUUUCUUUCCCAGUUUGAUGGCCAGUCAAGUUCGUCAAGUUGUGGAAUAUGAUAUUGCAGACGAAGUUUCAAAAUAUAUCACUUUGGGAAGAUGA